AUGCCAAGUGUGGCUGUAAAACUCUACAGCGUAUUCUUCAAGUUCCUCUUGAAGCACCGUUUACAAAACCGGAUUCAAGCCCAACCCGACAAUAACUCCAACUCGUUUGGUAUCACUUCACGACCCGAAGAAUCCGUCGCUAACUCUAACCCUUCUUUUACCGACGGCGUCGCCACCAAGGAUAUCCACAUCGAUCCUUUCACUUCUCUCUCUAUCCGAAUCUUUCUUCCUCACUCCGCUCUUUCUCCUCCCGAGCCUCAUUCCAAACCUAACUCCAAACCUAAACAACAAGCUCCCGAACCUGGAUCUGUAUGGAGAAGUAGCUAUGGUCCUCCGUUCAGGGAAGAGCAGCUCCGAGGGAGGAAUAGUAACGCUGUUGAGGGUUUGAAUUUGAUGGGCGCUGGUGUUGAAACCGGUGCUGGUUUGUACCGUGGUUACUCGCCGGCAUUGGAUAAUCGGCGGAGGAAAUUACCGGUGAUGUUGCAGUUUCAUGGUGGGGGGUGGGUUAGUGGUAGUAAUGAUUCGGUGGCGAACGAUUUGUUUUGUCGGCGGAUCGCCAAGCUUUGUGAUGUGAUUGUCGUUGCGGUUGGGUAUAGGUUGGCGCCGGAGAGUAGGUAUCCGGCUGCGUUUGAGGAUGGGUUGAAGGUGUUGAAUUGGUUGGCCAAGCAGGCGAAUUUGGCCGAGUGUAGUAAAUCUAUGGGGGUUGGUGGAGGAAGCCAUGGUGGUGGUGGUGGUGGGGAGUUUAACAAGGAUAAUCAUAGGCAUAUUGUUGAUUCUUUUGGUGCUUCAGUGGUGGAGCCUUGGUUGGCUAGUCAUGGAGAUCCAACAAGGUGCAAGCCAUACAUAGCUAUGAUUUGUCUUCAAUUUGGUUUUGCUGGUAUGAAUAUAAUAACAAAAGUAUCGCUCAACCGAGGAAUGAGUCACUAUGUUUUUGUUGUUUAUAGACAUGCUUUUGCUACAGCAGCUAUUGCUCCAUUCGCUAUAGUUCUUGAGAGGAAGAUAAGGCCAAGGAUUACGUUUCUUAUGUUCAUGCAAAUGUUUGUAUUGGGACUCCUCGGGCCUGUGAUUGAUCAGAAUCUAUACUAUGCUGGGUUGAAAUUCACAUCUCCAACAUACUCUUGUGCUAUUAGCAAUAUUUUCCCUGCAAUGACUUUUGUAAUGGCUGUUUUUUAUUUUCAGGAUGAAUUUUGUAGCAAAUAUGAAAAGGAGUCGCCAAUGUGA